AAAGCUAAAGUUAGAUCUUUAACACUGGGCCUGUGAGCUCGCAGCGUCGCACAACUACAUUUCCCAUGAGCACCGGCGCCGCAACAGUAGCGCAUUUCAUUUCGCGCAUGCGCACCGGCGGUAAUUGGAUAUCAACUUGGGCAAAAACAGCGGGUGAUAAAAUGCACAAGUUGAAGUCAUCGCAGAAGGACAAGGUUCGGCAGUUCAUGUCUUUCACACAGGCUGGGGAGAGGACAGCCGUGUACUGCCUGACGCAGAAUGACUGGAAACUAGAAGUCGCCACAGACAACUACUUCCAAAACCCAGACCUCUACUACAAAGAAUCCAUGAAAACCUUGGUGGACCGCAAGAGGCUGGAGCAGCUCUACAACCGAUACAAAGACCCCCAGGAUGAGAAUAAGAUAGGCAUCGAUGGGAUCCAGCAGUUCUGCGACGACCUGAUCCUGGACCCAGCUAGCAUGAGUAUACUUGUGGUGGCGUGGAAGUUCAGGGCGGCCACGCAGUGCGAGUUCAGCAGGAAAGAGUUUGUGGACGGCAUGUCGGAUUUAGGCUGUGACAGUCCUGAAAAACUCAAGUCGAUCCUUCCCAGACUGGAGCAGGAGCUGAAAGACACAGCAAAGUUCAAAGACUUCUACCAGUUUACCUUCAGUUUUGCCAAGAACCCCGGCCAGAAAGGUUUAGACCUGGAGAUGGCUGUGGCUUAUUGGAAUCUAGUUCUCACAGAUCGCUUUAAGUUCUUGGAUCUCUGGAACCGGUUCCUGAUGGAGCAUCACAAGCGGUCGAUACCCAAGGACACAUGGAACCUCCUCCUGGACUUUGGCAAUAUGAUUGCAGACGACAUGUCAAACUAUGACGAGGAAGGGGCAUGGCCCGUCCUCAUAGAUGACUUUGUGGAGUUUGCUCGGCCGAUCGUGACGGGGAUUAAACGCAACUUGACAUAAUGUUUGUCCCGGCUUCAUGCAGCGGAUGGAGUUUGUGUUUCUUCCAGUUUUUCUUUUUCUUUGACUGAGAAUUUUUAUACAAAUGAGCCAAAAAGACACUUAAACUUCUCAAUAAGCUCGUCCGCGGCUUGUUGUUAAGAUUGUUCUUCCAAACUGCAGAUGAUGCCUUGGGUGAGGAGUGACCUGGAAAGGAGGGAAAUCAACAUGAGAUGAAUGCUGACAAGGACAGACUAUAUUUGCAAUAUGCAUAUAAUGGGUACCCAAAAACUCGACACUUGAGGGUAAAUCACAGAUGGGUGCGGCUUUGAACUGCUGCUGUGGACAUGGCUCACUUACCUCCACCCUCGGCACAGGGAGGAGUGGCAGUCAAAGUGAGCGUCCAGCACAUGCAGAGGAUUCAGUUGAAGAUGCAGUAGCAGGACGUGGCUUCUCACCUUGUAAAUUUCGAAUGGAACGGUGUGUUUUAAAUCUGCAUGUUUUCGUCGGCUCGUGUGAAGCUGUGCCGUGAACGCUAAGGAGGGAGAAAGUAAUCUACAUUAUUUUUACGGAGAUUGUGAAUGUGUAGACCUCUAUCAAUCACAUUGCGAGUAGAGAAAGUGUGUGUGUGUGUGUGUGUGUGUGUGUGUGUGUGUGUGUGUGUGUGUGUGUGUGUGUGUGUGUGUGUGUGUGUGUGUGUGUGUGUGUGUGUGUGUGUGUGUGUGUGUGUGUGUGUGUUUGGGGCAGGGAGUUAAACAUAUUGCCUCUUUUACAAUACAUUGCGAAAUAUUUUGAUUUGUUUUAAUUAAUAUAAAGAGUUAAAGUGAUGGUGAAAAGGUUCAGAAACACGUUUUGUACUCAGACGGAGGAUUGGAUGGAGCAGCAUGCUUUUUGAGCUCAGCACCAGCAGAAUCGCUCUUGUUACAGUUGUAACACACCGUUCUCACUGAAAUAAGAAUAGAAGAACAAAAGUCUGAGAAAACAGGUAAUGACGUUUAUAAUCUUUUGAACAUGAAAAGCAUUUAGAUUUAGAUCCUCAUUUUUUAACAAUGCUGUUACAUUACAUUUGUUAGUGUUGGUUUCCUUUAGUUUUGCAGUUUGUAAACUGCUGUACACAAACAUAAACUGACUGGCACAUUGACUGUUUUAUUAUAUUACUACAAACCAGGUAAUAAUGACUUGCCAACUCUGCAAACUGCACUGAUUUACACUUUUUCUGUUGUUUUAGGAUUUUUGUUUUUAGUGAGUUUACAUGACAGUAGGUUUCAUUUACACUUUAGACUUUUUAAAAUCAAAAUCCACAUCCAAGAUAAGUUUAUUUUAUUGGUUUGUUUACACAGUUUAAGGUUUUAGUCUUUAUUAGCACUUGUAGGGCAGAAGUGGUAUGUUAAAGCUCAGUAGAGCUACUGCAGAGACGAACGGAGUUUAUAAAGCUGGACAGGGCAUCUCCACUUCCACCCUCUGUAUAGUCAGAAUAUCCAGGAUGCAAACGCGGCUAUCUUGUUGGAGCCAGUCUGCGCUCUAGGGAUCGUGGUUUAGAGCUGUCAAUCAUGGCAUUUCACCCCAUUUUGAUAUGACUUUAACUUUUGUAGUUUGGUCCAUAUCCCAUCCACUCACAUGGAGAAAGCUGGGUUUAUGACCUAUACUGCAGCCAGCCACCAGGAGGUGAUCGAGACACGUUGGCUUCACUUUUGGCAGCAGUCAUUCAUCCAUCUUUUUAAAAUAUAUAUAUAUAUAUAUAUAUAUGAUAAAAAACAUGCCACUUUAAGAACACUGCUUGUUCUGCCAUCUAUGGGCGGCUGUGCAUUAUCAUAUUUCUCUGCGUUAUAGCUAGAUGGGGUCACAUGAUUUGACCUCUGAACCUUAGCGCUUAGUGCAGCAAUGCUUCUCCUCCCAUUUCAGUGUCAUUAUAAACACUAAUCAACUCUGUAUGUUAAUUCCAUCCACUCUCCGAGAUACAGAGUGUUACAGAAGGUAAAGAGCUCAGGUACCAGUCGGCUCGCAGCAGGCGGCCUCCUGUACUAACAGAAUUAUUAACCCUACCCUAUUAACCCUAUGCUUUCUGUUCUAACUGGCGACGAGCCAAGUGUUGUCACCAUGAUCAAACCUUUGCCAUGUGAGAUAUAGAUGGAUGAGUUCCCUCUCAACAGCCAACUGCAGGGGGAGAUUAUCACUUUUCAAUUCUCAUUAUUAUGUAGACCUGAGUCGCUGAUAAACUACAGUGGUGUUCGUGAAUGUAGCCUUCAUGAAAUUGAGUCAAAUCAGGAUGGAAGUUAAUUAUGAUUUCUGUCCCAGAUUGAAUGUGGAUGAGUGACAAAAGAAAUCCUCUUCACGAUAACGCAGAACAGACACGUGUGUUGCUUCAGUGAAAUAUGUUAUAAUCUGUCAGUACUGUUGAAAUGUGUGUAAACCGAUCACAGUCAGGACGACAGUGAUGUGGUGUGAGAGCUAACAAAGAAAAUGUGACAUUCAGUAUUCAGUGCUAAUAUGGUACAUUACCGACGAGUUUAUUUGUCAAAUAUGUGAUCAACUGUUUUUAGUCAUGCAAAUCAUUCUCAUCAGAACAGUGUUAUUUUUACCAGCAAGAAAACUGGUAUGUCCUAUUUACAGAAUAUUCUGUUUUGUCACAGAAACAUACCUUACAUUGUUUUCUUUCAGAAAAUUGUCAAUAAAGCAUGUUGUUUUUAA